AAUCCAACAGUUUCUUGUCCCGGAAGACAGCAAACGUGGAAAUGAAGAAGAGAACACGGCGUGUUUGCAAUGGCGUCACUCACGGCCCGCGAAUGUGCUAUGUGCACCUUGUCCUUGCUUAACUUUGCCUUCGUUUUCAUAUCCGGUGCGGAUUUUAUCCGCUUUGUGUCAUUUCGAGCCAUUUAUCAUAACAUCACCGGGGAGACGACACUCUGCCAAGACUCCGUACCGUGGUCAGAGGCCCUGCAGGACCCUUCUGUCCUCAAGGCUCUGAGCGUGGAUGUGGCUCUGCUGGCUAUGUUCACCGUGCAGCACAGUCUGCUCGCAUGGCCACCCGUCAAACAGGUCUGCCAGUCGAUCUUGGGCUCCCUGAACAGGACGGCAUACUGCUUCACAACUGCGCUGGCUCUCCAGAUCCUAAUGCAUUACUGGCAACCCGUGACUAGCGCCCCCUGUCUGUGGUCGGUGCGCCAAGCACCUUGGAGUGUCUGGUUCCCUCUCAUCUGCUUCGCUGUGCACUUUUUCUGCUGGGCCAUCAUCUGGACCACCCUCAUGAUGUUCGACUACUCAGAACUGUUGGGUAUUAAGCAGGUGUAUUACAAGUAUUUGGGCAUAGGGGAGCCCCUGUCCCACAAGUCCUCCCAGGCCCAGCGCUUCCUCUCCCACUUCCGCCAUCCAGUGUGCCUGGAGCUCGUCGUUGUGGUGUGGCUCCUGCCGGCUUUAUCCCUGGACCGGCUGGUCCUGGCAUUAACGAUGUCAGUCUACCUGGUGCUGGCACACUCGCUGGACAAACAGGAUUUAGCUUUCCUUUGCGAGCAGCUUAGCGGCAAGGUGCAACUCUUUAGCGAACCAACCCUCAGCCUGGACAGCAAAGAGAAGUGAAAGUAAUCAUUGUACAGUGAUGAAAAGCUGGUUUAACACUAAACCUAAACACUGUUUUAGAACUGAUUUUUCUUCUGGACUUACAAGACCCUCUGUGACCUUUUUGCACCUUCAUGACAUACUGUAUUAGUAAAAGAACAGUUAUGGAAAAAAAGGAGUAUUCUGUUACAAUCCGAGGUACGGUAUAUGUGACAUAUUGCACCGAAAGAAAGAAGAACAAAAUUUUUCAAUAUGGAUUUGUAGGUUAAUACAUGGUUAUUGGAUAAUAGUGGUGUAAUGUAUUGCUUUUUAACAAUGCCAGUGGCCUUAAGCCUUGAUUACAUGAUCACAUGUGGCCAAAAUGAGUUUUUGUUUUAUAUUUAAUUUUUUCAUGUCUUUUUAUUGUUCAUUGAAAGUUAUGUACACAUUGAGACUAACAUUAACAAGCAAUGGUAUUAUGCAAAUAAAUACAUUUGGAAGACAAAGUGUGUAUUGUCGUG